AUGACCGAGUCUACGCGUAUCAUCAUCACCAACAGAAAACUGCUUUCACUAGCGAGGGAGAUGGAGGCUGACCUUAAUGGCCAGUUUGGCACCAGUUUGCUUCUAGGAACUCACGAACGUCCCUCUUUGAGCUUUAGGAGUUCAGAUGGGAAAACUGUCAUGCUGCAGAGGAAGAAGGGCAAUCGACUUCACGACAUUUCCUGGAGACACGAUGAAGCAUAUGGAAUUGAUAUUAAUAGGCUACUCGAUCAGUGUGGGAACAUUCGCAACCAUGUUCGAGAAGGGACAAGGUCUCGGGAAGGCGUCUCGGGGAAGUUGUGGACGGAGAAGUGGAGACCUAAUAAUUUUUUUGACCUAGUAGGGAACGAGAAAACCAAUCGUCGUGUUCUUAAAUGGCUGCGGCAGUGGUCACCGCUUGUUUUUGGCGAAGUUCUCCCGAAAAGGAGUUCAGGAUCUUGGAGACCUACAACAAAUGGACUGGCGGGUUCGGCUGAACUUUUGGAUCCAUUGCAAAGACCGCACAAAAAAAUUCUCUUAAUCAACGGCCCACCUGGGAUUGGAAAAACAUCAGUGGCUCAUGUCGUUGCCAAACAGGCUGGUUAUGCGGCUAUAGAAAUAAACGCUAGUGACGAAAGAGCUGGCCCAAACAUCAAAGAACGUAUACACAACGCAUUGUUCUCCAAUACAAUUGAGGAACGACCGGUUUGUCUGAUUGCAGAUGAAGUAGAUGGUAGCAUGGAGACUGGCUUUGUUAAGAUAUUAGUGGACAUUCUUAAUAACGAUUACAAGGCAACACAGAGACUUUUGAGCGGAGGGUCUGCUAAAUCAAAGAGCGGGCGUCACCGUAGAAAGAAACGUGAACAAGUUGUAGUUCGGCCUGUCAUUGCGAUUUGCAAUAAUAUUUAUGCAUCGGCAUUGGAAAAGUUAAGACCUCAUUGUGAGAUCGUUACGUUUCAAAGGCCUUCCGAAAGCGCCAUAAUCGAGAGGUUAUUUCAUGUCAGCAAGAAGGAGAGGAUACCACUGACGAAAAAGGCUUUGAAAGAGCUCACUGAUUUGUCGCAAGGCGAUGUGAGAAGCUGCCUCAACAAUAUGCAGUUCAUGUCUACGUCGAAAUUAGAUGCUACGGCGGCCACCUUCGAGGAGCAGGUGAAGGACAUCACUGUUUCCUGGUACAAAAUUUGUAACCAAAUAUUUCAGAAGAAUCCACACAUUGAAACAAGAAGGCAGUUUAACAAGCUUUUGCGAGAUAUUGAAACGAACUCAAGCUACCAAAAAAUUGUGCAUGGCUGUUAUACCAUAUACCCUAGUGUCAAAUAUUCUGAUCAUGGACUUCAAAAGCCCAGCAUUGCAGCCGACUGGCUGUAUUUUAAUGAUCGCAUGUUUAAAUCUAUGUUCGAGCAUAAUGGAGAACUCAUACGUUAUAACUCAGCAGUGCCACUGGCUUUUUUUUACCUUUUUAGUGAUAUCGCCAAUAAAGACGAUGUCAGGAUGCUAAACAAUGAAUUUGAACUGAGGGAAAUGCAGCAGAGAAACGCAGAUAUUGUAAUGACAACAAUGCAGCGGGCUUCUCCCGGAUCGCAAAUAUUUAUGACAAAAGAUGCUCUGACGUUAGAGAUUUUACCGCUUUUGGACUAUAUCCUAGCAGCUGAUUUUUCCAAAGUACGAAAUGUGUCCACCAAGAAUACUUUGCUGGACAGCAUUGUUCUCGCCAUUAUCAAAUUUAACCUUUCAUUUGGUGAACGAAUCGAUACUGACUUACCGCGGGUAACGUGUAUAGAACCACCUUUUGAUAAGGUUAUUAUCAUGGAUGAAAAGCGAGCUAAAGAGGUAUUAUCAAAGCGGCCGGCUCUUUUAAACAUUAUCGUCGCCAAGGUUCAGGAAAAUAAGUUGAAGAGACGAGCAAUCGAGGUAGCAAGGGCGGACAAGGAGGAUUUGGAAAGUGCUAGGAAGAUGCAGAGGCUAUCUACGUCAAAAUCGACAGAUUUUUUCAGGUCACAAUAUGCCAACGUACUGACUAAAACUAGUACACCUUCAUCAGAACAGAAAAUGGGGGUAACUUCAACCCAGGAGCCCAUAAAGAUUUGGGUGAAGUACAAAGAAGGCUUUUCAGACGCGGUCAGGAAGAAUGUUACGUGGCGUUCACUGUGGGAGUAG